AUGCGUUUGUGGCAGGUGUACAGUAGCGCCACCUGGCGCCGAUUGCUAGUGGUGACGUUCGUGUUACUGGUGCAGCUCAUUGACAGCGGUCAGAUGGAGGAGCUGCAGUUGCGCAGCUCGGGCGGUGGAAUAACCCGGUUCCGUGGCGGUGCGUCCGACUCAUCGUCCAAGGGUCGGCAGCAAGCUGGCCCGGCCUCGAUGUACGCCGUGAAUGAUAUCGAAUGCCCGAGCUUUGCGGAAAGUUCUGCCUGUCCCUGCUACAAGUUUGAGGAUGGCAUCUUUCUGGAGUGCCCAGGCAUCACGUUCGCGGCCUUGCGCUCGACACUGCAAGUCAUCUCGUCUCCGAUACAGUCCCUGUCCGUGUAUGACUUUGACCGUUCCGUGAAGACGUUGACGGUCGACCUGUUCCAAGGCUCUGGGUCAACAGGCGUCGGGAUGGGUUCGGAACCGUUGGUAAGCGCAAACGUCAGCAUACGACACCUGCAAUUCUCUCACUCGAGUUUGCAACAACUGAAGCAGAACAGCUUGCUGCCGUUACGUUCGCAUCUGGAGAGUCUGAGCAUCAUCAACGGAAAAUUGACACAUGUUCCGUCGAAAGCGAUCGUAGGCCUUAAAAAGCUGUUGGUGCUGGAUCUGGAUGCGAACGAGAUCACAACUCUUGAUGAUUACGCGUUUCAUGGCUUACACCUGGUGAAGCUUAAUCUUAAAGGUAACCAAAUCGACCGGAUACCCACGAACGCACUCACAGGGCUGGAAGAAUCAUUGGCCGAGUUGGAUUUGUCCGAGAACCGGUUACGUCAGUUUCCGACAAUGGCGUUACGUCAGCUAGAAAACUUGCGGCUGGUGCGACUUUCUAUGAACGAGAUUACAUCGCUGGAACCGGACGACAGUUAUUCACGGUUUGGGUCACUCUCGUUCCUUGAUUUAAGCCUUAACAACUUCGUCGAACUGUAUGCGGACAUUUUCGGAGCUUUUCCGUACCUGAAGACGCUCUCGCUGUACAACAACUUCAUCGAAACGGUGCACCGAGACGCGUUCGUGUCGUUGCACGAGCUGCAAUCGUUGGAUCUCAGCCACAACCGGAUCGUUUAUCUCGAUCCGGAUGUGUUUGCUGGCAAUCGACGCCUGCAUACGGUGGAUCUGAGCCGCAACCACGUUCACUUAGUGAGCGGUGUAUUUGCGAAUCUACCGGUUUUGCGGGAGGUCUUCCUGAGCGAAAACAAUCUACUCGAGCUGACGGACGAUUGUUUCGCAAACUCCACCGGUGUGAAGGUACUAUACCUCGAGCACAACGCGCUGCAACGACUCGACGGUGACGCACUUGCCUCGCUCGCAAACUUAGAGCAACUAUUUUUGAGCCAUAACCUGUUGGAGAAAAUACCGGUACGGUUUUUCGAAUCGACGCCCGAGCUAACAUCACUAGCUCUGGAUGCAAACGCACUGCUCGAGCUAGACGAGCGACUGUUUCGACGACAGAUAAAGCUACGUGAGCUGCGCCUCAAUGGGAACCGUUUGCGACAGAUACGUGCCGCCCUGUUUGCACCCGCUACCGAUCUUAUGGAGCUGCACCUGCAGAACAAUGAGCUGCGUGUAAUUGAACGUGGUGCAUUGAGGGGUUGCCCGCAGCUGCAGUACGUUAACCUACAGGAGAACGCGUUGGAGGAGUUGGAUGCAGUGUUUGCCGGUGGGCCGCCGCAUCCACCGGCUCACUCACCCCUGAUGGCGGUGACGACACACGGUAAGUUGAUCAGCACGAAAGGUGACACGGUGCCGGAUGAGUUGCAGAGCGUGAGCGAAUCGGCAUUGCUCUCUAUACAGCUCAGUGGGAAUGCACUGAAACACCUGCAUGCCCAAGCAUUCCGCGGACAGACGAGUGUUCAGAUGGUGUGGUUGGAGAACAAUCAGCUCCGUGCGCUGGAUCGACUCCUAUUUGCCGAGACAGUACACCUAGAAAAGCUCUAUCUGAGAAAUAACUCGCUCCUAGCUCUUGAGGCGGGUACGUUUGAUGCGCUCACAUGUCUCAAGCUACUCGAUUUAUCGUGGAACCGGUUGAGUGAUCUGUUACCAGAGUUGUUUAAAGGAUUAAUAGAGUUGGAGGAGCUAUAUCUGUCACACAAUAUGCUAGGUGCGCUAAGGGCCAACGUUUUCGGUACGCUGCGAGGAUUGCGAACACUGGAUCUCAGCUAUAACAACCUGCAAACGCUCGGUGCGGACUCACUGCAGCCUGGAUUGCCUGUGAGCAGUGUAAAUCUGCGUGGUUGUAACCUAACGCGGCUCGAACCUGGGGCAUUCCGAGGUCUAUCGAAUUUGGCUGAGUUAAUGCUGGAAGAGAACUUCUUGCCUGCCAGCGAGUUACGCCACCUCGAUGCAAGUCCGGUGCGUACGUUGCGUCUCGCCGCCAACAAUUUCUCGCUAGUGAGGGAAGGUUUGCUGGAGCGGUUAGCAUCACUGCAAGUGUUGGAGCUGGCGAGAUGUGCUAUCGGUGAUCUACCUACGGCGCUUCUGCAGCGCAACGUCAACCUUGUGCGGUUGGAUUUAAGUGAGAAUGAUAUUCGCGUACUACGCCGCGGGUCGUUUACUGGUUUACACGUCUUCAAGGAGCUACGUUUGCACGGGAAUCGACUCGUAGACUUCCCGCAUCUGGCGCUUUUGAACGUCUCUACUCUGGAGGUGUUGACAUUGUCCCGGAACCAGCUAACCGCUAUAGAUUUUUACAAGCUCAGUGGUUUGCCAAACCUACGUACACUUGAUCUGCACGCGAACAGUAUCACCACGCUGGGGGGCUUCACCGUCGACACGUUGCCUCAUCUGGAUACGCUUGACCUAAGCGGUAAUCUAUUGCUUGCACUACCAGAGAACUUUUUCAAACACUCGGUCAGUCUGCAGCGUAUUGACCUUUCGCUUAACCGGUUCGGACGCAUACCCAACCUGGCCCUGUCCGAAGCCUCUCUCGCACGACUUGCCUGGCUGAAUCUGACCGGUAAUCCACUUCAACGCAUCACAGCAGAUGGAGAUCAGCAACGAUUUCCACACCUGCGCGAGCUCAUCAUCAGCCGUACGAAUCUGUCGAUCGUAACGAGUAAAGACUUUGAGCUUUACCCAGCCGUACAAAGGUUACACCUGUCGCAUAACCGAAUCAAUCGCAUAUCACCCGGUGCGUUCGUUGCGCUUGCCAGCCUACAACUACUCGAUUUGAGCUUGAACGAGCUCGAACUACUACCAAAGGAACGUCUGCAGGGUUUACGAUUGCUCGAAACGUUAAACCUCUCCACUAACAGUAUCCGUGAGCUGGACGAGUUCGCGCAAGACCUCCACAAGCUGCGCGUACUCGACGCUUCCGCCAAUCAGCUCGAGCGCAUUCAAAAGAACGCUCUGAGACAUUUGGGAGCGUUGCAGGAGCUGUAUCUCAAUGGUAACCGACUAGUGACGGUAGCGUCUGAUGCGUUCCGCACGUUGCGUGCUUUGACCACGCUUGAUCUGCGCAAAAACUACUUCGAGUAUGCACCACUCCGUGCGUUGAAGCCACUCGAAACACAUCUGCAGCAAUUACGACUAGAAGAUAAUCCGCUCAUUUGCUCGUGCGAUACGCAGGAACUGUGGGAGUGGUUGAGCGACCACAGGAAGUGGGCUCGUGGUUACGACAACGUGCGUUGCGAACAGCCGGCCGAGGUGCAGGGCAAGCUGUUAUUGACGAUGGAGCCGCAAGAGUUUUGCGACGUGCCGCUCAUUCUCAAGAUCGCCAUCCAGGACAUACAGCCGUACUCGGUGCUGGUGUCAUGGCAGAGCAGGGAACACUCUGGUCUCCACGGGUACCACAUCAUCUACCAUUCACUGGACACGGUCGAGGACAUACGCGGCAAAACGAUGAAUCGGUCUUCAAAUUCGGCCAAACUGAAUCGAUUGUCCUCAAACACACGCUACUUGAUCUGUGUCCUAGGUUUGGGUAGUUGGCUAACGCACCAUAGUGACAUCAACAGUUUGCUCAACCAGUCAAACCAGCUGCAAAACCAGAUCCUCAACAGCGGUUCGGCCGUGCACAGUGGUUACGCAGCCGGCGAUCUGGACGCGUCCCUCUCGAACACGUUGCUCUCGCUCAUGAUGGAUACACCGACGUCCCGUUGCACGGAAGUUCGCACACUGGAUGCGAUCGGACCGAACCCGCUCGCCGAAGCGGACGGUAUGUCCGGGCGCAGCAUCAUCCACUCGAUCCUGACGCGACGGCUAGGCCUGAUCGUUGGCUGCUGUCUCGGCAUCGUUGUCUUCAUCGUGCUCAUAUCCGUGCUCGGGUGGUUGAAGAUUAAGAAGCAACGACUGGAAGCGGCCAAGCGUCAGCAGCAGCCACAUCAGCCCGAAUUCAUUUCCUAUCGGCACUUUUCGAUCCCGAACGAUGAGCAUGGCCGGGACGGGGUGGUCGGUGCGCUAAGUGCCGGAAGCAGUAGCGGCGGUGGUGGUGUUGCCCUACUCGAUGGGCAUCCAUCGUUUAUUUCCGGUGCCGUGCUCGGCACCACUACGACCAUGAACGGCGGUGGACCGGACGAACACAAGAAGCUUUUCCUUACCGACAGUUGA